AUGGAUACGAGUAAUGGAAAAGUUUCUUUAUCUAUUACUAAUUUUGUUUUAAGGAAAGGCCAUGUUCUAUACAAUCCAUUGUAUUCCAAAUCCAUGAAAAAAGACUCUACAGUUUCACUUAGAUUUUUAAAUGAGCAACUUAGUAAUAAAAAUAACUUUGAUAGAACCCAUAUCCAUAUUCACGAAAAAAUUGUUUCUGCAACUUAUUGGCUUUACUUCAGAGUUAAGAAUGGUAUGCCAUCAAUAAUUCAUGAAAAAUCUGGCCUUUUAAUUGUACCAUUAACUCUUCGAUUCAAUCCCAACUCGUAA